AGCUAAAAAAAAUGUUAGCCUAUGUUGUUAAGUCUGAAAGCUACAGGGGAUUUGCCAGACGGAAAUAAUACCGUUCUAUCGCCUAGAAACACAUGCACAGCCCACAUAUCAGCGUAGCGCGUUUUUAUACGUUUUUAUAUCCGCUUGAAGCGAGCGUCUUGGGUUUAUCCUGGAGAAAGUUCGUUGGUUAUUUUGUGGGAGUGAUGUCGAAUCCUGGGACUCGAAGGAACGGGUCAAGCAUCAAAAUCCGGCUGACAGUAUUAUGUGCCAAGAAUCUGGCAAAGAAAGACUUCUUCCGUUUGCCUGAUCCUUUCGCCAAAGUGGUGGUGGAUGGCUCGGGGCAAUGUCACUCUACAGACACGGUCAAAAGCACAUUGGACCCCAAGUGGAAUCAGCAUUACGACCUGUAUAUUGGGAAGACAGAUUCCAUCACCAUUAGCGUAUGGAACCAUAAGAAGAUCCAUAAGAAGCAGGGUGCGGGUUUCUUAGGCUGUGUGCGGCUCCUGUCCAACGCCAUCAGCAGACUAAAAGACACAGGCUACCAGCGUUUAGACUUAUGCAAGUUGAACCCAUCUGACAGUGAUGCUGUCCGUGGACAGAUCGUUGUGAGUCUGCAGACCAGAGACAGAAUUGGCAGUGGAGGGCCUGUGGUUGACUGUAGAGGACUAGUAGAGAAUGAAGGGCCAGUCUUUGAAGACUCAGGGCCCGGGCGGCCUCUCAGCUGCUUCAUGGAGGAGCCCAUGCCAUACACAGAUCCUACAGGAGCCGCUGGCGGGGGCAACUGCCGUGCACUUGAGUCACCCAAUCAGGAGCAACGGCUACAAGCACAACGCAUCAGAAACCAAGAUUCCAGAGGGCACGCACACACACCCCAAAAUAGACCACACGGACACCAGUCCCCCGACCUCCCUGAGGGCUACGAGCAAAGGACCACAGUGCAGGGCCAAGUCUAUUUUCUGCACACACAGACUGGCGUGAGCACCUGGCAUGAUCCCAGAAUACCCCGGGAUUUGAACAGCGUGAGUUGUGAGGAGCUGGGCCCUCUGCCGCCCGGCUGGGAGAUCAGGAGCACUGUGUCAGGACGAAUUUAUUUUGUCGACCAUAAUAAUAGAACCACGCAAUUCACUGACCCCAGGUUACACCACAUCAUGAGCCAACACUCUCAGGGGAAGGAGUCAAGCCAGGCUCUGCCUGUACAGAUGGAGGUUGGUAUGGAGGAGGGUGAUGGGGAGCUACCGGUGCGCUACGAGAGAGAUCUGGUCCAGAAACUUAAAGUUCUCCGCCAUGAGCUCUCCCUGCAGCAGCCUCAAGCUGGCCACUGCCGCAUAGAAGUGUCCCGUGAGGAGAUCUUUGAGGAGUCUUAUAGACAGAUCAUGAAGAUGAGACCCAAAGACCUGAAGAAGCGGCUGAUGGUGAAGUUCAGAGGAGAGGAGGGGCUAGAUUACGGUGGAGUUGCUAGGGAAUGGUUAUAUCUCCUCUGCCAUGAGAUGCUGAAUCCAUACUACGGCCUGUUUCAGUACUCCACUGAUAACAUCUACACACUACAGAUCAACCCAGACUCAUCCAUCAACCCUGACCACUUGUCUUACUUCCACUUUGUUGGGCGGAUUAUGGGUCUGGCUGUUUUCCACGGGCACUACAUCAAUGGAGGCUUCACCUUGCCCUUCUACAAGCAGCUCCUGGGGAAGCCCAUCCAGCUUUGUGACCUUGAGACUGUGGACCCAGAGCUGCACAAGAGCCUCGUCUGGAUACUAGAGAAUGACAUCACAUCUGUUUUGGACCACACCUUCUGCGUAGAACAUAAUGCUUUUGGCAAAUUCCUCCAACAUGAGCUGAAACCAAACGGCAAGAACAUCCCAGUCACAGAGGAGAACAAGAAAGAAUAUGUGAGGCUGUAUGUCAACUGGAGAUUCAUGCGAGGCAUUGAGGCCCAGUUCCUCGCCCUGCAGAAGGGCUUCAACGAACUUAUACCACAGCAUCUGCUCAAGCCUUUUGACAACAAGGAACUUGAGCUGAUCAUCGGUGGUUUGGGCAAGAUCGAUCUGAAUGACUGGAAGGCCAACACGCGGCUGAAGCACUGUGUGGCUGACAGUAACAUAGUGAAGUGGUUCUGGCAGGCGGUUGAAUCGUUUGACGAGGAGAGGAGAGGCAGACUGCUACAGUUCGUCACAGGCUCCACACGCGUCCCUCUACAAGGCUUCAAAGCACUGCAAGGUUCUACAGGUUCUGCAGGACCAAGACUCUUCACUAUUCAUUUAAUUGAUGCCAACACAGACAACCUGCCCAAAGCCCACACAUGCUUCAACCGGAUCGACAUCCCGCCUUACGAGUCAUACGAGAAGCUCUACGAGAAGCUCCUGACCGCCGUGGAGGAGACGUGCGGCUUUGCAGUGGAGUGAGCAAGUGCCCUGUCCAGCCAGCCAGCAAUGGCAGCAAACCCACCAAGCAGCCCCAGCCAUCCCUUUCACCCCCCUCCCCUUCUCCAGGACAGACGGACUGGUGUCUCCUGACAGACUUUAGCAUCACCCGCCAGCCUGAAACUGCAACGGAGGGGAGCGACCACCCAAGGGCAAAACUCUCAAAGACUAAUGAUUCCUCACAACGGGAUGCGAGAAUUGUUUUUCCAUUACCACAAUAAGUUGCAGAGAAAUCUGAUCAACGUUUAUUUUGUCUCUCAGAAAUCCAGUUUGUAUUGUCUUUGUCACUGAAGCGGUGGGUUGAUAGCGUCGAGUAUGUUUGUGCUGCAGUACGUAGAGACUCGCUGAGCCUGUGGACUACAUGAAGUAGAGCUCACGUUUUAGUCUAGGUGGACUAUUUUAACAUGCACAGAGCCUGUGACCAUUAAACCAGUUUACCUACAGCAAAUGCAUCUUGGGACAUGGUUGGUCUGCGUUGUAAUGUUCGGUAUCGUCUCCACUUAUUGACUUUUAUUUCCUUGUGUCCCGUUCAGUGCUCUAGGAUGGCAUUUCAGUGGUAUCCAUUUCCUGUACUCAUCAGCGUUCUCAUUGUAGAAAUUAACGCGAUUGCUUGAAAUCUAUUAUUGAGUUUGUAAUUUUUUUUGUCAAAGAUCAAGAACAUGCUUAACGGCGAGUCAUCAUCCUCAUGUGGAAACUGUGAAUGUCACAGCGCCCAUGUGUUAAUGUUCUUCAGCUGAAGCACAACGAUCAUGUGCAGUCUAGAGAAGGACCCAAAGCCCUUGCAAAGUCAGCAGUUUCCUGAGCGAGCCAGUAUUUUCAUUACAUACAUUUUUUUUUUUUAAUGUUUUUAUGCAGUGAGCAUUCCUCUAUUGUCAACAAAAAGCCUAUUUUUUAAAGGUAAUGUUUAAUGAAUGGUGUUUUAAUCUGCAGAUUUUGAAGCAAGUCAACUUCUGUCACCUUCUGGAAAAGCAUUCUGAUCCAUUGUGUCCGUUAACACACCUAAACUGGAUUCCUAAGUGUAGCUUUGCAAAGAAAACGGAUGUUGAAUGUUUUAAAGAAGCUCUUUUUGUCCUUAAUUUUGAUGGACCCCAUUAAUCUCUUUAAUGAAUCCAGCCAUUAUCAUAUGGUAACCAUUUUAACGUAACGUACCAUGAAAUUCAACUCUAGACUGUUAUUCGUGUCUUUUUAAUUUAAACCACUGCUUCGAGUAACAUUCAGCACUUUCGCUGGUACGUGUACAAUCACCCGUCAUGGAGCGUUUAUUCCCCUAUAGGCGAAUGGUGAUGCCCUUCGGCUCCUUUUAGCUGUGGCGGUACAUCUGCAGACUCUGAUGGAGUGGGGUUUGGUCCAGGUUUCAGUGUGGUGAAAGAGCAGGGGAGUGUCUCGGAUUUCAUUAUGUAGUGCUUGACGUGCAUGCCACCAGAUUAUUCUUUGUAAAUGUAAAGGAUGAGCCAACCUCAUAGUGUUUAUUCAACCACUUUUGUCUGUUUUUUUCCUCCUUUUUUAAAUUUUUAUUUUUACCAAUUAUUUAUUACCAUGUAAUGUCCUUUUAAGUAUUGCUGCUAUUACCAUUAUUCCAUAGUUUUCAGAGAAGGCUGAGUUCUUGUGAAAGCUAUACACUAAUCUCUUAUUUUAUGUAUGAAUCAAAGUAUUUAAACCUGCUGCUGAUUCUUCAGGACAUUAAGAGGACAGGUUCACCUGACCUUUGACCUGGAUGGCGUUAGCAGGUGAUGUAGGCUGGACCCCGGUGGUCAUGUUCAUAUUUGUGAUAUAUGCAAUAAAAUCCAUCACCUUUAUAUUCUUGGUUCUGUCUUAAAAUGUCUCUUUCCUCACUUAAUGUGUAUUGGAUCAGUCAGAAUUUGUGUCUUUGACAAGUGUGACAAGUUUUCUGUUUUUCCAAAAGACCGUGAAUGCCUAGAGUGGUGAACCAUUUUUAAACUGGCAUAAAAGUCAUAAGAGGUGACGUUUAAUGUUGUGUAAUUGUGGGAAUGGCUAGUGAGCUUGAAGAUGAGUAUGGACUUUGCCUGAAGUUACAGUUGUUUUCAUAUUUCUCUAAGGAAAAACCUUUUUGUAAUGUGAUGUGACCAGUAUCAUCACAUUGUACAAUUAUUAGGUCCUGAGUGUCAUUGUUUAUUCGAUGCAAGUGUAAUGUAACUUACUAUGUACUAAACAUUUCUGAAAAAAAUUCAGUGUAAAUAAGAUUAUAUUAAAGAAACUAAAUUGCAGUCCA